GGUUACCUAGCAACCGGGAGAUGCUGCGAGGCCCCGCCAAGCGGUCGGAAAGUGCAUUUCCAUUGCCGGAGGAACCCGAGCUGACAGAUCCCGGACCGGAGCAAUUAUUAGAAGCCCCUCUAAACCUCAGGGGUCUUUGGCCCCAACCCAAUCAUGACGUCUCCCCUGUGCUGGGCGGCCUCUACCAACGCCCUACCUACUCAGGACCAGAUUGCGACCUCUUCCAAGACCAAGGGUAAUCAGGCUCAGGCUAAGCGCGACCACCCUAGAGGCAAGGGCGCGGCACAAGUCUGGCCCCCACUCCAUUCCAAGCAGGGGUCCGUCCCUGCCAGUCGGCGGAAGUCUGCUGUGCACACGCAGGUGGCUGAGUUACAAAGGAAGAUACAUCUCUUAGAGGGUGACCGGAAAGCCUUUUAUGAGAGUACCCAGUGGAACAUCAAGAAGAAUCAGGAAACCAUCAACCAGCUACGCGAGGAGACCAGAGUGCUGCAACUACAGCUGACAGCCCUACUCCAGGGAGAUGAGAAAGUGGUCCAGGCAGUGAUUCAGGAAUGGAAGUCAGAGAAGCCAUACCUGAAGAACAGGACAAGCCAGCAAGUCCUUGAGCACCUGGACCACCAGCUGAGGGAGAAGGUGAAUCAGCUCAACGCUCUGCGGCACCAGGUGGGGUUGCGGCAGAAGUGUCUGGAGGAGCUGCAGCUGCAGCACAACCUGCGUGAGCUGGAGAUGGCUGAGGCACAAGAUGGCAACACGGAGGUGGCUAAGACCUUGCGGAACCUGGAGAACCGUCUGGAGAAGGCCCGGAUGAAGGCGGAGGAGGCUGAACACAUCACCAAUGUAUACCUGCAGCUCAAAGCCUAUCUACAGGAGGAGAGCCUUCGUUUGGAAAACCAUCUGGAUUCCAUGGAGGCUGAGGUGGUUAAAACAAAACACGAGCUUGAGGAACUGCAUGUGGUGAACCAGGAGGCUCUCACCGCCCAGGACAUUGCCAAGAACCAGCUGCAGUAUCUGGAGGAGACCGUGUUCCGAGAGCGCAAGAAGCGUGAGCGCUACAUAACGGAGUGCAAGAAGCGCGCAGAGGAAAGGAAACUGCAGAACGAACGCAUGGAGCGCAAGACCCAGCGUGAGCAUGUGCUGCUGCAGUCCGAUGAUACGCUCCAGGAUAGCCUCCGCACCAAGGAGGAAGAGCUGCUGCGGCGCUGGAGCAUGUACCAGAUGGAGGUGCUCUUUGGCAAGGUUAAGGAUGCCACCGGCGUGGCCGAAUCGCAUGCGGUAGUACUGCGGUUCCUGGCGCAGGGCGACACCUUCACACAGCUGGAGACGCUCAAGAGAGAGAAUGAGCAGACGCUGCUGAGACUGAAGCAAGAGAAGCAGCAGUUGCAGCGGGAGCUUGAAGACCUCAAGUACUCCGGGGAGGCCACUCUGAUGAGCGAACAGAAGCUGCUGGAAGAGUUGCAGGAGCGCCUCAAGGCGGAGGAGCAGCGGCGGACUGAGGCCCAGAGCCAGCUGGAAUGGGUCAAACGGACGAUGCAAACUCUGAAGGAGGGCCUUGAGCACCUGGCGGGCAAGCUGGACCAAGUCACUGUGGCUGGCCUCGCCCCUGAGGAAGUCCCGCCUGGAACUUCCCAGGAUUUAAGAGACUGUGCAGACCCUCAGGAUGCCAGCCGCUCCGUGGAGAAGGAGCUGGAUCCCGGGACAGGUGACUAUCUGCUGAACCUGCUGGGCCUCGUGGAGGAAAAGCUGCUGAAGCUGCAGGCGCAACUCGAGAGCCACAAUGUGCCUGAGAUGCUGCGCCACAUCGCAGAUCUUCUACUCCAGCUUAGAGGGAAAGCUACCCAUGUACAACACCCGCCUCGCCCUGCCCCUUGCCAGUCCCAAGGACAAGUUCUUCGACGAAGAGGAGACCGAAGACGAACACAGCCACGUGGUGACUCGCGCAGAGCUCAAGAUCCGUUCCCAGAAAUUAAUCGAAUCCCGCAGCAGGAGGCGCAGACGCUCACGGAGAUCCUAGACUCGUCCUCACGCCCACCUGGCGCGUCUGGGCCACUGCGGAGCUCCGGAUCCCUCGGGGCCCAACCUCCAGCCCUCGGGGCCCCUUUAAGGGCUGAACGCAGACAAGACAAGGGAGUGGAACGGCCCAGCGGAGCCCAGAGUGGAGAAGGGGGCUGGGCCUCUGGACGUUCCCACAGGAAAUAUCCCCAGGCGGCCUCGGAAUCACGCAAUAAAGGUCACCGACAAGCCCCCUGGGUAUUCGCCUUUCCUUGACCCUGCACCGCCCCAAAGAUGGCGACCCCUCAAACCCAGAGCCACAGGUUCAGACCCUCUGACCUGGGGAAUGAUGACUCCCAUAGCCUGGGACACAGAUUGUGCUCCCCCUGGCCCCCAGAGAAACAGGAUAUCCCCACACUUGGGGCGGACCAGCCCUCUCCACCUGAGAACAGAAUGACUCC